ACCAAGACAAACUAAACUGAACCAUAACAGUCCGACUGAAAGCACCAUCUGGUCAUGAAGCUGGUGAUCCGUCAGUACCGUCCCUCAGACAAGGACACGGUGCUCACCCUGUUGAGUGAUGGCAGCCUGGAGCACAUCGGUCCAUGUUUUCACAACGCAAUGACCAGCCCUCUCUACCUCGCCAUCACCCUGGCUCUGUGUGUUGCUGGCUACAUGCUUGGCUCUGUGUUAGGGGCUGUGGUGUUACCAGGAGCCUGGGUGGGCCUUAUCUACUACUGCUGUUAUGAGACAUAUGCUAGUUCUCUCAGGCAGAAACUCAGGACAGACAUGCAGGACAUCCCUGGGAACUAUCUGAGCAGACCAGAUGACAAUUUCUGGGUGGCGGAAACUGAGGUUGAUGGGAGGGCUCAGGUCAUGGGUAUGGUGGCUGUAGUGGCCAAACAAAGUGGGAAAGAAAGAUAUGGAGAAAUGCACAAAUUGAUCGUCUCACCAUCAUUCAGACGAGUGGGCCUGGGCUCCAGGUUGGCUCAGACUGUGGUUGACUUCUGCAAAGAACGAGGCUUCUCCAAGGUGGUGCUGGAUACCAGCUCCACUCGGACCGCUUCUGUGGCCCUGUACAAGAAACUUGGGUUCAAUCUUGUCCUCUCGUAUACUAAAAAAACAUGUCCUUUUUGGAUUGUAAAGCUGGCCAUGGUGAAGAAUUUAAUAAUGGAAAAACAGCUGAAGACCUGAAAAAAUCCUGAUAAGCUUCUGUGAUGUCCCUGUUACGUAUCUCCUCAUCAGUGCUUUAAGAUUUUUGCUUCAAUAACACUUCACUGAAACCAUCAUGUCUCACAAAAAUGCCAGACCAAUUUCAGGGGCGACGCCAGGAAUUUUUCAGUGCAGAAGCUCAUUAGUUGAUACAUGAUUAACCUGGGCUACAAUGUAAGCAUAUGGGUGGCUCUAGAGCAUGCAGAUUGUACUUUAAUCUUAUGUCACUUUCUACUUUUACUUCAUUACUUUUCAGAUAUGUGUGUUGUAAUGUUCUAUACAAAUUAAUUUUUGCAAACAUUUGCAUAUUUAAACAUACUAUUUGAGACAAAUAGAUAUUCUAUUGCCUCAGGGUGCCAGUUUGCUGAGACAACUUGUUAAACCGGUCCUUGUUGAGGAGCAGCAAAAUCAAACUUGUGGCUCAAAUGUACUGUAGGAGCUGAAUGUGUUUGGUUGAGUUUUUAUCUGUGGUGUAAUUCACUCAAUGUAUAUGUGGGGUCGCUAUGCUGUUACCUGGGGAGCUCAAGUGUAUAUAGGUGUGAUUGUUCACUCUUUGUGCAGGGUUUGACCCGCAAGGGCAAACGUUUUUUUGACCGCCGCUGUAGCGCUAUAACGCUGUAACUCUUCAUGUCGGUAUUUUGUUUGUAUGUUUUUCUUUAUUUACAUGGCACGGCAAUAAACGCACUGUGUUGUGGAA